GUAUGGUGCAGAUCAUAGAGUUUCCUGUGCAGAUCAUGGAGGAAUGCAGAUAAACUCUAUGGUGCAGAUGAUGAUAGCGAUGCUACUUUGUUGUUUUUGAGGAUUCGAUCUGUUUUCCACGCCUAUGCGGGUUUGCGGCGCUGGUGGUGAUCAUUUAAUCACUGCUGUGUAGCGUUAGCGUUGCUGCAUGGAGCUUACGGGUUAUGGUUCUGCGACAAUGCUGCGGCGCUCCCAGUAACUGCUGGUGAGACGAGCUCCUGAAGAAGCGGUGCCGCCGAAGCUGGAAACGAGGUUGACAGCAGUGCGCUAUGAGUGAAGAGGACCCUGUGAUACAAACCAACAUUGAUGCCACUUCGAGCAAAAGGGAUGCGGUUACAAAGGGCUACUGGCACGAUCCUUACAUACAAUACUUUGUCAAGGCAACGGAACGCAAGACACCUGAGAUCAGCCGCGGCUACUAUGCCAGAGUUCAAGGUGUCAGAAUGCUCUUGGACAAGUUCCUCAAGGUCUGCGGUCCUGAGUGCCAAAUCGUCAAUUUGGGUGCGGGCUUCGACACCUUGUUUUGGCGGCUGAUGGACGAGAAAGCGCAGUUUAAGAGCCUCGUAGAAGUAGACCUACCUGCCGUCACCACACGCAAGUGCUACUACAUCAGACUGCGCAAACAGCUCCUCAAAGGCAUAGCCACUGAAGAUGAUGAUGUCCGGGUCAGCGCUUCGGACUUGCAUGCUGGCCACUACCACCUGGUGGGCUGUGACCUGCGCGAGCUUGAUGUGUUCGAAGCCAAGGUGGUGCACGAGUCUGGACUAGACCUUAAGCUGCCUACAAUGUUCAUCGCAGAGUGUGUUCUUGUCUACAUGAGUUGCGACGAGUCAUCGGCACUCCUGUCCUGGAUCACACGCAACUUCCCGAAUGCGGUGCUCGUCUCCUAUGACCCUGUCAAUAUGGCUGACAAGUUUGCGGAGGUGAUGGUGGAGAACCUAAAGCAGCGAAAUUGCCUUCUAGCGGGGCUGCAAGCAUGCACUACCAUCAAAGCCCAGGAGGAAAGGAUUCGCCAGUCAGGCUGGGAAGUGUGCAAAGUCUGGACUAUGAACCAGGUCUACCAGUCAUUCCCUGCCCUGGAAUUACACAGGGUGGAGAAAUUGGAGAUGCUGGACGAACGGGAGCUACUGGAUCAACUGUUGUCCCACUACUGCCUCUGCGUAGCGUACAAGGGUGGAGGUGUGCACUCCAAGUUUGAGCAGCUGUGUUUCCCACUUGACAGCCACUGAUGUGCCAACUGUUGUGAACAAAAACUGUCACACUUGGUUUGGUGCCUAUCCUGUCUGGGCAGCACAUUUGGACAUCUCAUGUGGCAUAUGUGUUGCCUAGGGAAUUGGAAGUAGCAUUGAAAACCUUUUUGGGGCGAGGAUAAGAAUGUGGAAGAAAAUGAAGUGCAUUACAUUACAGUGCGCUCAUAAAUGCAGUAUCCCAGUGAUAAAUUUGUUGGUUACCGCACAUUCGUUUCAUUACAGCACUCCCAUUUUUGUUGCUAACAAAGCAGGUUUCCUGUGCUGUGCUGGGGCGUGCUUGUUGGUGUACGAGUUUUGCCCACUGUAUAGCUUUAUGAACCUACUGCAGCACAGCCUGCUUAAUAUUUGGCCUACCUUGGUUUCUAUGCCAUCUAGGUUAGAUGGCACAGCAUUGUGUUCCGGUGAAAGUUGAUGUCAGAAGCAUUAUUAAAGCAUGUGCAAACAACCGAG